AUGUCUAGCCCUAUCUUCCUCGGCGUUGUUGGUGUCGGCGGUGUUGGCACUGCGUUCCUUCAGCAGCUCGCCCGUCUGCCUAAUGCUCCUCAGCUUGUGCUUCUCGCCCGCUCGUCCCAGACUCUUCUUGCCCCAGCUCCAGCCUACUCACCGGCUAUCCCCGCCGCUGACUGGGCCACGGCAUCCGCUGCACCAUCCUUGACUAAGAGCGGUGCCCUCAAGGCUGAAGAGAUCGCCACAUACCUUGCUUCUGCCCCUGGCCGUGCUAUUCUGGUUGACAACACCUCCGACAUCAACCUAGCCCGCCAGUACCCCACAUUCCUCAAGAAGGGCAUCUCAGUCGUCACCCCUAACAAGAAGGGAUUCUCUGAUGACAUUUCCCUGUGGAAGGACAUCUUUGCCUCAGCCGCCCAGGGCAAGGCCCUCGUCUACCACGAGAGCACUGUCGGCGCCGGGUUGCCAGUCCUCUCCACCCUGAAGGACCUUGUGGCCACCGGUGAUGAAGUCACCCGCAUCGAGGGUGUGUUCUCCGGCACUCUCUCCUUCCUUUUCAACACCUUCGCCCCCGCCUCUGGAUCAUCUGAUGCGCAAUGGAGCGCCGUCGUUGCUCAAGCCAAGGAGCUGGGCUACACUGAGCCUGAUCCUCGUGAUGACCUGAACGGAAUGGAUGUUGCGCGUAAGCUCACCAUCCUCGCUCGCAUCGCUGGUCUUGAGGUCUCCAAGCCCGACUCCUUCCCUAUCGAAUCUUUGAUUCCCUCUGAACUUGCGUCUCUUCCUUCCUCCGCGGACGGAAUCUCCCAGUUCAUGACUCGCCUUCCCGACUUUGAUGCCGAGAUGGCUAAGGUCAAGGACACUGCUGAGAAGCAGGGCAAGGUUGUUCGCUACGUUGGUAGCAUCGAUGUUGCCUCUAAGGCUGUCAAGGUUGGCCUGCAGUACUUCGACAAGGACAGCGCCAUUGCUGGUCUCAAGGGCAGUGACAACAUCAUCAGCUUCUACACCAAGCGUUACGGCGCCAACCCCCUGAUUGUCCAGGGUGCUGGUGCUGGUGGAGACGUCACCGCAAUGGGUGUCUCCGCUGAUCUCAUCAAGGUUGUUGAGCGCCUGCAGUAG